AUGCUUCGGUCAUGGCUCGGUAGCGGUUCUGUCCGCUCGAUUUGCGCGCGAUUUAGUCGCCCAACCUUCCCAUCCCGUAUUGCUCCGGUAUCAGUCGCUCCGAGGCGCUAUCUCCAAGCAGAACACGUCCCCCUGCGCAAACAACUCAAGCAGGAUGCCAAAGCGCUACGGUCACACAAGAAGCAACGCAAGGAAAGCGAAGAAGCAUCCAGGCAGGAAUGGGAACUAACAGUUGGCGUGGAGAUCCAUGCCCAAUUGGAUACUGAGGCCAAAUUAUUCUCCCGAGGCGCAACCUCAACAAGCGAAGUCCCCAAUUCCAAUGUCGCCUUAUUUGAUCUGGCCUUCCCGGGCAGCCAGCCGGAAUUCCAAAUUGCGACCCUUCUCCCUGCCCUACGUGCCGCGAUUGCUCUAAAUUGCGAGAUCCAGCCUAUCAGCCGAUUCGACCGGAAACAUUACUUCUACCAGGAUCAGCCGGCGGGGUAUCAGAUUACACAAUACUAUGAACCAUUCGCCCGAAAUGGAUACGUUGACCUCUUCGAUUACGAUGGUAUCGCACCAGAAGAUGGCGAACGGGUCCGCAUCGACAUCAAGCAAGUACAACUGGAACAGGACACAGCCAAGUCCCAAGAAUACCCGCCCUCGACACAACUCCUCGAUUUCAACCGUGUCUCACAUCCUCUGAUUGAAAUUAUUACCAUGCCGCAGAUCCAUACACCUGCGACAGCAGCAGCAUGUGUUCGGAAACUCCAGGCCAUUGUUCAAUCGUGCGGUGCUGUGACAACAGGAAUGGAACUGGGUGGUCUCCGUGCAGAUAUCAACGUCUCUGUUCGCCGUCGGGGCGAUUUACCCGGACAACAUCAAUACGAUGGAAUCAGCGGGCUGGGUCAACGUACUGAGAUCAAGAACUUGAGCAGCUUCAAGGCAGUAGAAGAUGCCAUCAUCGCCGAGAAGAACCGCCAGAUCGCGGUUCUCGAGAAUGGCGGUGUCAUCAUGGGCGAGACGCGUGGGUGGACCAUUGGCAGCACUAGCACUCGCAGGCUUCGAGGGAAAGAGGGCUCAGUCGACUAUCGCUACAUGCCCGACCCAGAUAUCCCUCCAUUGUUCAUCGGAGAGGAUCUGCUCACGAGUCUGACUGAGAGUCUUCCCACCCCUCCCGACUCCGUCAUCUCAGUCCUCGUCGGACCCGAAUAUAAUCUGCCCGUCGAGGACGCCAGGCCACUGAUCGAGCUAGACAACGGCCUCCGCUUCGAGUACUACCAUGAUGUGGUAGAUGCUCUUCGCACUCUGCAAGUGGAUCAAGACCCCCAAACGCGGGCUGGCCUCCCACGCAUGGCAAGCAACUGGGUCCUACACGAACUCGGAGGAUUGUUGUCCAAAGCAGAUCGCGCAUGGGAUGCAGAUAUUGUCCCUGCCCAAUCUCUGGCCCACCUCCUCGAUCAGCUCCAGCGCAAGCGCAUCACCGGUCCGACCGCCAAAGUAGUUUUGUCCACUAUCUUCGAAGGCGACCGCCGACCUAUCCCACAGAUCUUGGACGAGGAGAACCUCCUUUUCCACCCGUUGUCGCAGGAAGAGUAUGUGGCACUGGCUGAAUCGGCCAUUGCCAUGAACCCGCAAAUGGCUGAGCAGAUCCGUACCAAGAAUCAGCUGGGCAAGCUCGGCUGGUUCGUGGGGCAGAUGAUGCGCCAUGGCGAAAAGGGUCGGGUGGAAGCGCCCAGGGCAGAGGAAGUUCUUCGGAAGCUGAUUCUGGGGUAG